AUGGAGCCCCAUGAAUGGACCGGCACCGAGAGCGCCCGCCUGGUCAGCCCGCGGGGCGGCCGCGCCGACGGCAGCCUGCGCCUCAAGAGGUACCGCCGGCACCGGCACCCAUCACCGGCACCCAUCACCGGCACCCAUCGCCCCGGCUCCCAUCACCGGCACCCAUCACCGGCACCCCCACCACCGCCAGCACAACUCCAUCACCGGCGCCUACGCCCCAUUACCGGCGCUAGCACCUCCAUCAUCGGCACCCCCAUCACCCUGGCACCACCACCCGCAGCACCCCAUCACCCCCCGGGGUCCCCGGCAAUUCCUCGCACCGUCACCUCCAUUAUCUCUCGCAUCUGCAACCCUCGGUCCUCCCGCACCCGCGCUGCCGGCACCUGCUCGCCCAUCAUCCCUGGCACCUCCAUCGCCCCCAUCGCCCUCGGCUCCUCCGGCACCCGCAAGCCCCCGGAGCGCCGCGCAGCUCCCACCCCCGACACCGGCACCGGCACCGCCAGCACGUCCGUCCCCGCCCGCCCCCGUGCCUUCAUCCAUCCGAGCGGACACGGCACCUCCGCAGUCCCCGCGCCAGCCCUGACCGUCCGCCACUUGCACCGUCACCCCGCCACCGGCACACUCGCCCCGCCACCGGUACCUCCGCUCAAGCGGAACCAGCCCCACCGUGCGCCAGCCUCGCUCCCCCCUCGGUGUCCGUCCCGCACCUAUCGGCGCCCAAACGUCUCCCACGCACACCGGUGCCAUCCAUCCAUCACCCGCCCACACCGGUACGGUUCAUCCGUUAGCCCCCGUCCCGGUGGGCUGCCCGUCCCCGCUCCCGCACUGCUGCCCCACGCACCGGGACCUCGGCCCCCGCCGCCCCUUCCCCAGGCCCUGUCUCCGCACCGGUGGCACGUCCCGCAGCCUGGCCCCGGGCGCAACACCUCGCUCCCGCCCACACCUCCCCAUGGGUACCUGCACCAGUCCCGUCUUCGGUUCCGGCGGGAGCCCCGGGCCACCGCCUCCUGCUGCUGCCGCCGGAACCGCGGCUGCUCGUCCCGCUGGGGGGUUCCGCCGGUGCCCCACCGACUGCCCGGCUGCAUACCGGUGGGCGGCAGCAGGACCCUCGGGGGGUCUGGACAGCAGCCCCCGAGCCGGUGUCGCCGGCACCCCCCGACCCCCAGCCCCGGGCAGGGCAGGCUCCAGGCCCGCCAGCAGCUGAGCGUCGCCUGCGCCGUCUGCUGCCUCUUCAUGGUCGGGGAGGUGAUAGGUGGCUACCUGGCACACAGCCUGGCCAUCAUGACGGACGCAGCCCACCUGCUGACGGACGUGGGCAGCAUGUCCGUCAGCCUCUUCUCCCUCUGGGUCUCCAACCGCCCACCCACCAAGAGCAUGACCUUCGGCUGGCACCGCUCAGAGACACUGGGUGCGCUGGCCUCUGUCCUCUCCAUCUGGGCUGUGACCGCGGCCCUGGUCUAUCUGGCAGCCGCCCGCAUCAUCAGCAACGACUACGAGAUCGAGGCGCGAGCCAUGCUGGCCACGUCCGCCUGCGCCGUCGGCGUCAAUCUGGUCAUGGCCUACAUCCUGCACCAGUCCCCUGCUGGCCACGGCCAUGGCACAGGGGCCUACGAGCAGCUGGAGAGCUCUGUGGCCUGCCAGCCCAGCCGCAGCCCCCUGCCCGGCAGCACCAGCGUGCGGGCAGCCUUCGUGCACGUGGUGGGUGAUCUGCUGCAGAGCGUCAGCGUCCUCGUGGCUGCCACCAUCAUCUACUUCAAGCCCCAGUGCAAGAUCGCAGACCCCAUCAGCACCCUCUUCUUCUCGGUCUUCGUCCUUGGCUCCACCAUCACAAUCCUCAGAGACGUCUUCAGGGUCCUCAUGGAAGGGACUCCGCGGGGCCUGGAGUUCGAUGCGGUGAAGGAGGUGCUGCUGGGGGCCAGCGGCGUGCGGGGUGUCCACGAGCUGCACCUCUGGGCGCUGACGCUGAGCCACCCCGCCGUGUCGGUGCACGUGGCUGUGGAUGCCGGCGCUGACGCCGAGAUGGUGCUGCAGGAGGUCACUGCCCGGCUCCAGAGCAGGUUUGGCUUUGUCUCGUGCACAGUACAGGUGGAGCAGCACCAGGAGGAGUCAGCAGGCUGUCCCCACUGCCAGGACCCCCGAACCUGAGACCCCCACCUGCUGCUGCGUUGGGCCAGACGUGGCCCCGGCCCGAGCUCCAUGUGCCCUAGAGCAGGGCAGUGCUUGAGAUCCCAUCCCCUCCUCUACCCACCCCACUGCUGCG